CGCUCGGGCGGCGGGGGUGGGGCGCGGCGGAGGCGCAGCCGCCGUGUCGGGAAGGGGCGGAGGACGGCGCCAUCGCGCGCCGCGUCGAUGGAGACCAUCCAGGAGGCCGAGGUGCCCGGUUCGACGUCCGCCGCCGCGGCCGAUCACCGGACGUACAGCAACCCCGCGUUCCAAGUGUCCGGGAACAUUGAGGAGGCUUGGUACGAUUCCUUGGCGAUGAGCGAGUCGGAUGCCGAAGACGAUUUCCACAGCGUGCAAGAUGAUUCUUUUUCAUUGAAUGGCUUCGAGAACGAAGCUGCAUUGAGCAUGAGAGAUGGCAACGGUGGGAGCUUCAAUGGAGCUGCGCAAUCAGGCGAGCAGCAACAUAAAAAGCCAAAGUCCAGCGAACUGUCAAAGGGGAGCUUGGAGAAUGGUGUGAGGUCGUCCAUGAGCAACGAGGAUGCGGUGAGUUUUUCUGGUGCGGACAACACUCACGGUGGAGAGAGGAUACUGGAAGUUUGCGGGCUUCUGCCAAAUAAUUGUCUACCCUGCAUUGCCUCUGCUGUUGGGGUAAGCGAGAAGAAGAGAACUCUUUCCUCGAGCCCUACUCAUUCAAUGAGGAUGCCUUCUUUGAAGCUUUCCUUCAAGAAGAAGUCAGGGGAAGCUCAUCCAUCUUCCACACUACUAUCUACGAAGGAUUUCCUGGAAAGGCCUCUAGCAGGUUCUCAAGUACAGUUGUGCUUGCUGGAAACAAAUAUGCCCAACAGUUGGACUCAUAUUGAUCCUGGUACAUUCCGAGUCCGUGGAGCAAACUAUUUUAGGGAUAAGAAAAAAGAGCUUGCUCCAAAUUAUGCUGCAUAUUAUCCAUUUGGAGUUGAUGUGUACUUAUCGCCACAGAAACUCAAUCAUAUAUCUCGAUUUGUUGAACUUCCUGAUAUUCAACUCUCCAGCAAGCUCCCACCUCUUUUGGUGGUCAAUGUACAGGUGCCAUUGUAUCCAGCUUCAUUAUUUCAGAAUGAGACUGAUGGGGAAGGGAUGAGCUUUGUUUUGUACUUUAGGCUUUCUGAUGGUUACUCGAAAGAGCUUCCACCUUCAUUCAUUGAAAGUAUUAGAAGGUUGAUUGACGACCAUGUAGAGAAGAUAAAAGCAUUUCCAAUGGAAACGACUAUACCAUUCCGAGAGCGGCUGAAGAUACUUGGCAGGGUGGCUAAUCUGGAGGAUCUUCCUUUGAGUGCAGCGGAGAGGAAGCUAAUGCAUGCGUAUAACGAGAAGCCUGUCCUUUCUAGACCACAGCAUGAGUUUUACCUGGGUGAUAACUACUUCGAGAUCGACAUUGACAUGCACAGAUUUAGCUACAUCUCAAGGAAAGGUUUUGCAACAUUUUUGGACAGGCUAAAAGCAUGUGUUCUAGAUGUUGGGCUAACUAUUCAGGGAAAUAAAGCUGAAGAACUGCCGGAACAAAUCUUAUGCUGUGUUAGGUUGAAUGGGAUAGAUUACACCAAAUACCAGCCUCUUUUGACUCACGCUGCCUGAAAUAAACGCUUACAAGAACCAGCUAACCGUCAUUUGGAAUUGGAUGCUGAGAGGUAACCAUACCAGGACCCAGACUCCUGGAGAUUUCAGACCAGAGCCGCUGUCGAUUAUCACAGCUUCUGCUGAAACGCCAUCAUCCGAGCUUAGGUGGGGCAGGUGACUCAUUGACAACUGGCUGCUCCCGUUCGAAUCCGUGGUGCUAAUGUAGUCGUUUCUUUCUGAACACGGGGGGAAAAGGCGGAGACUGCGGUACAUGUAAGGGCAUGUUUGGUUUGUGGCUAAAUGUGCCACACUUUGCCUAAGGUUAGUCGUUCGAAUUGAAUAACUAACCUUAGGCAGAAAAGUUAGGCAAAAUGUGGCAAUUGAGGUAAAGAACCAAACAUGCCCUAAAUCUGUAAAUCAUUGCUGGAUAGCUCCGGUUGCCUCCCUUUUACUACCCAACAUUCUAGAUUUAGUAAAUAUAACUAAUUCUGACUAUGGUCGAGUAGGUUUAGGCGUUAAAGACCUCUACAACAAUUUCACUAUAUCCGUACAGGAACAGGAUGUCGUCUUGGCCCAAAA